GCUACUGGCCAUGUCCGUCCCUUGUCCGUCUUCCGUUGACAUGUCCGCCUCGGCCAUCGUCGCCAAGGCCGUAUCUGGGUCGCACAUCCUCAAGAUCGACGGCUACUCCCGCACCAAGGGCCUCGGCAACGGCAAAUUCAUCAAAUCCGAAAAGUUCGCCAUCGGAGGCCAUCGCUGGCGCAUGCUAUACUACCCCGACGGUGACGUCGUCUCAGAAAAAGCCGCAGAUUGGAUAUCCAUCUAUCUAGCUUUCGAUCGCGCUAAUGCCAAUGAAGUCAAGGCACAAUUCGGAUUCAGUUUGCUUGACCAGGAUAUGCAGCCGGUGCCGUCGUACAGCAGGAAGAGUAAGAAGACACGCACCUUCUCCAGCAAAGAUACAGCUUGGGGCUUCCGUAAAUUCAUCAGAAGGAAGGAGUUGGAGGAAUCCUCUUACCUCAAGGAUGAUGUUUUCAGUGUCCGGUGCGAUGUCACCCUAACAACGGAGAUCGUCACCCAAUCCCAGCCGGCUGUCCAGGUCCCUCCGUCUGACAUGGCACAACAUCUUGGCCAGCUCCUCUCUGCCAGCGAUGGGGCAGACGUCACUUUUCAUGUCGGCGGCGAAUCGUUCCCCGCGCACAGGUACAUGCUCGCCGCCCGGUCAUCGGUCUUCAAGGCGGAGCUCCUCGGUGCGAUGAAGGAGAAGACGGCAGCCCACGUUCGGAUCGACGGUGUAGAAGCGAAAGUGUUCAAGGCUUUGCUCCACUUCAUCUACACCGAUUCACUGCCUGCUGAGACGGAUGAUGAUGGUGGCGACACGGCAGCGAUGGCUCAACAUUUGCUUGAAGCUGCGGACAGGUACAACAUCGAGAGGCUCAAGUUGAUAUGCGGCGACAAGCUGUGCAAUCUCAUCAACAGAAGCACGGUGGCGACUACGUUGGCGCUGGCAGAGCAACAUGGCUGCGGCGCGCUCAAGAAUGCUUGCUUCAAGUUCCUCACCUCUCCGGGCAACCUAAAGGCGGUCAUGGCGAGCGAGGACUAUGAGCACCUCAAGCGCAGUUGCCCCUCUCUUCUAGAGGAGCUUGUGGCCAAGCUUGCACUAUGAUCUCUUAUACGGUUGAAAGUAGCACGCAGAAACUAGAGAUUUAUCUGAAUUAUAUGUGCUGCAAUUUCUAUUUUCUGAAGUGAGCAUGUAAUUAGUACUAGUAGUAGUAUGUUAAGAACUUUUGGUUACAUAUAUAUAAAGUCUA